AUGAUGUCUCCAGACGCCGAUGAAGUCUUCGAAGACUGCAUCGAAGCACCCCCAGCCAAUACUCCGAACACUACUGAGAGCGAGAAAAAACCUAGUGGUUUUCCAUCAAGCCCAGCAACAAAGGACGGAGACAGAGGAGGCUCAAAGAAGCCCAAGACACCCCGUGAGCGACAGAUCCAGCAGAAGUUCCAAGCGGCACGAACUGAGUACGAAAGAAAACGCUACGUUGCCUGCAGAGAGAAGUGUAUGGAUCUCCUCCGCCAGCGCAACCUCCCUCGCGUUCCCAGAUGUUUGACACUCCAACUCUUCGCCUCAUGUUCAUACUACUACGGAGCCAAAAAUGCGCUUGAGCAAGCUUUAAAGAUUGCAAGUCAGUUAGGAGAUUUGGAUGCUGAUGGGGAAGUGCGAAGAGAUAUUGAAGAGCUGUUGGAGGAGCUCGAGCAGUAUCGCCCGAAUGCUGGGGAACCCCGUAUCUACAUCAAGGAGCUCGAGGAAGAUGAAUAUUGA